AUGUCGUCGCUCCUGACCAUGGUCCCGCCCAGGGUCGUGCUCGCCGGGACAGGGGAGGUCGUCAGCUUGCGCGACGUCGGGGUGGGCACCGUCGACGGCGUGGUGGUCGAUGGGCAGAGCGAGGUCGAUGAGAGCAGCCUCACCGGCGAGUCCUUCCCCGUGCCCAAACUGCCGUCGUCGGAGGUCUGGGCCGGCACCAUGAACCUGGAUGGUUACAUAGCCGCGAGGACAACAGUUCUGGCCGAGAACUCGACAGUGGCCAGGAUGCAGAGGCUUGUGGAGGCGGCGCAGAACAGCCGGUCCAAGACGCAGCGGCUGGUCGAUUCAUGCGCAAAGUACUACACCCCAGUUGUGGUUGUUCUUGCAGCAAGCGUGGCGUUUGUCCCGCUGCUGUUGCGAGCACAAGACCUGAAACCGUGGUUUCAGCUAGCCUUGGUGCUGCUGGUGAGCGCGUGCCCAUGCGCGCUGGUGCUGUCAACGCCGGUCGCCACGUUCUGCGCGCUGCUGAGGGCGACGAGGAUGGGGGUUCUCAUCAAGGGCGGGGACGUUCUUGAAUCGUUGGGCGAGAUCAGGGUCGCGGCGUUCGACAAGACGGGGACCAUCACCAAAGGGGAGUUCAGCAUCGAUGGGGUGUCAAGCAUUGAGAGCAAAUCAAGCCACCCAAUGGCAACCGCACUUGUUGAGUACUCCCAGUCCAAAUCCAUCCAACCCAGGCCGGAAAACGUGACUGAAUUCCGUAUCUACCCUGGGGAGGGCAUCUCCAGAGCGAUAAAUGGAAGACAAAUCUUCAUUGGAAACAGAAGGAUCAUGGCAAGGUCCUCAUGUUACACAGCUCCGGAAAUGGAUGAUCACAGAGGUGCGUCGAUCGGGGGACAGCAGAGCGGCGGCCACGCGGGCGCAGCAGCAGCUCGGAGGCGUCCGGAGCUCCUCCCGGCGGACAAGGUCGGGCUGGUCGGCAGCCUGAAGGCGAGGGCGGGGCCGACGCUGAUGGUGGGCGACGGCAUGAACGACGCCCCGGCGCUGGCCGCGGCGGACGUGGGCGUCUCCAUGGGCCUGUCGGGGUCCGCGGCCGCCAUGGAGACGAGCCACGCCACGCUCAUGUCCAGCGACAUGCUCAGGGUGCCCACGGCCGUCGCGCUCGGGCGGCGCACCCGCGCGACCAUCGCCGCCAACGUGGUCGUCUCCGUGGGCGCCAAGGCCGCGGUCCUCGCGCUGGCCGUCGCGUGGCGGCCCGUGCUGUGGGCGGCCGUGCUGGCCGACGUCGGCACGUGCCUCCUCGUCGUGCUGUACAGCAUGCUUCUGCUGCGGGAGCCGGGCACGGGCAGCUGGGGGAGGGGUCCCAGCUCGCCGGAGCAUCGAACGGUGGCGCCGCGGCCGAGAGCGCUCAGCAGGGACCAGGCGGUGGGACUAAAGCAGGCUGCCGUUGCUGUCAGAAGCCAAGCGAGCCGUUUGAGCAGGAGCACUCAGCAGUGGUGA